GCCACACUGCACCAUGGCUCCCGCGGGCUGUUGUUGUCAUCAUAAUACUACCAUAUUAUAAAUAUUUAUAUGCCGAAUGGCAGGACUGUUUUUUCCCCUCAUUAUGUCAGUCUUCUUGUAUCGUGACGUUAUUUCAAAAGCGUCCCCCCGUUCUUAGGUAUAGGGUUUUACGAUUUUUAGUAAAGGUGAAAGAAAAAAAUUAUCAAGUUUUAACAAGUUAAUCGACAAAUAAUUUUGUUAACAGUCUGGAGAAAAACUCUUCACAAAGAAAUCUGGCGCGCUGCCCCCAGUCGUAAGCAGUCGCAGUUUUUCCGGAUACGAGAGCUAAAAUGGACGACUUCAGCUCGAUAAGCCUCUUCUCCCUGGCGAUGUUGGUGGGCUGCUACGUGGCGGGGACCAUUCCUCUGGCCGUCAACUUCUCCGAGGAGAAGCUGAACCUAGUCACGGUGUUGGGGGCAGGAUUGUUAUGUGGCACAGCAUUGGCUGUCAUCAUCCCAGAGGGAGUCCACGCACUUUAUGAGGAAAUCUUGGAAGGAAAACACGGUUUGGUUGAGAGCCAAGCUGUAGAGGCUGUGGUGAAGUCGGGAGAGGGAGUGGCGGUGGCAGCAGAGCAUGACCACGCUCACGACCAUGCCCAACUGCAUGCCUACAUCGGUGUUUCACUAGUGCUAGGCUUUGUCUUCAUGCUGCUUGUAGACCAGAUUGGCACUUCCCAUGUGCAUUCAGCUGAUGAUCCUGAGGCUGCUAGAACUGCUAAUUCUAAAAUCACAACUACGCUUGGAUUGGUUGUACAUGCUGCAGCUGAUGGAGUGGCUCUCGGAGCAGCUGCCUCCACUUCACAGACCAGUGUACAGCUCAUCGUAUUUGUUGCCAUCAUGCUGCACAAGGCUCCAGCAGCCUUUGGUUUGGUCUCCUUCCUGAUGCAUGCAGGCCUUGAGCGCAAUCGAAUUCGAAAGCAUCUUUUGGUUUUUGCCCUGGCGGCUCCCCUCAUGUCAAUGCUUACUUACGUUGGACUCAGCAAGAGUAGUAAAGAGGCUCUUUCAGAAGUCAAUGCAACUGGCGUCGCCAUGCUGUUUUCUGCUGGGACGUUUCUCUACGUGGCCACUGUUCAUGUUCUCCCAGAGGUGGGAGGUGGCGGUCACAGCCACAUGCCCAGUGGGAGUGGGAGCAAUGGUGGAAAGGGACUGAGUAAAAUAGAGGUGGCGGCCUUGGUGGUAGGCUGCCUUAUUCCACUUGUUCUCUCCAUCGGACAUCAACAUUAAAACAUGAUGGGGACUUUUGUAUAGGAAUUGAUGUCAUUUGGGACUAUUAAUAGAACACAAUUUCUUCUGGUUGGUGUGGUCUCCCAAGGUCAGUGGGUCAGGGCUCAAAAGGAAAUUGAUUCAUAUCUAGGUAAUCUAAGCAGGAAAACAACAAUCGGUGUCCCACGUUUUGGCCUGGAUACAAAGGACAAGACAUUUUUUAGCAGGUAGGUAGGUUCCUGUUGUGGAAUAAAAACACAUCUUGUACAUUUAAAUUUUUACUUGGACUGAUAAAAGGAACAAGAAGUAGAAAUUCAUGUGGAAGGUGUGAUGUAAAUGUUUUAAAUUUUUUAUUGGAAAAACAAUAGGUUUAUAAGAGACAUCUAGCGGUCAAUAAUAAUACUUUGUAUACUUUGCACCUCUUUUAAGCCAUGUUCAAUACUUGUCCUUGUUGGUGCAACAGUCCCCAAGCAUUCAUUAGUGGGUGUUCUCGUAUGGGUGGUUGUAGUCUUAUUUUUUUCACCAAACACAGAUCGAGCAUUGCCGAACUGGUCCUCAACUUAAACGUGGACACCUUUGGAUGUCCACAAGCUGUAUGUGUCAAAUAAUCAUACAGAACACGCAGACUUAAAGAUGAACUUGUUUAAAUGAAGUAAAUUAUGAGUUGUUCUCUUUAAGUUUGUUUUCUGAUUCAAUGAUGAUAUUUUUGGACAAUGAAAAAGUAAUGUCUUAAUUAUUUGAAUCCUUGGUCCAAUUGUUGAAGAGACUUUCUGUGGCAGUUCAUUCAAUUGUGUUUUUGUAAUUGCAAAAUCUAAUUUAAUAUGUGUGAAAUAUAUGUUAAGCCAUUGGCAGAAACUAUUAUGUAAUGAAUACGUAUGUGCAGGAAAUUAUGGGGUGAUACAUUGGUGCUUUCAUUGGGUUUUUGGUGCUUUGUCUUUCAUUUGAGCCACUAUUUCUGGCUGUAAAGGUUAUUAUUAAAACAGUUGUAGGUGAUCUAAUAUGAACAUGUGAUGAACUUCAAAACGUUCUGCCUUCUAUAUUAUUCACACUGUCCAUAGUCCUCCUCAGGUGUCAAAUGUUACAGGCUGCAAUAUUUUUUCUCCCCACAUUGGAAUUAUAAUCAAGAACUAUAAAUUCAUUACUUUGUCAGAUAAGCAGCAAUUCAAUAACAUUUUGAAACAUUAAAAAAAAUCAUUUCAACCCCUUAAUCGUGCAUUAUGUCCUUUUUGAAAAGCCAGGCAAUAGGAGGAUAGGACAUGACCUUUUAUUUUUGGAUACGUCAUUAAACAGUUCUGGUGACCAUGUAUCGAAUGUUCAUGCCAAAUAAAAAUGUAAAAAUCAGAGCUUAAGCGGUUGUGUUGUGUAGUGUGUUUUCUUGAUUUAACUUUAUACCAAGUUGACCUCUUAUUUCUCACAAAGCAUAUAUCCCUGUAUAGUUAUAAACUGUGAUUUCUAAGAAGAUCAGACAAUUUAGUAUACAUUUGAGGUCAAAUCACAAAAUGAACAACAAGGCAUCUUAUCAUCUGUUCUUUAACCUCCUUGGCUUAUUAAACUCAGAGCAUGUCUUGAGUUCAAAAUUUUAUAUAAAAUAGUUAAUCCCAAGUAGUACUCGGGGUAACCUGUUUUGAUUAGAUAUGCUGCUUUAAGCCCACAUAAGGCUUGGGACAGUAUUCUGCUGCCAUCUUGUGGAUUAAAUAACAUUAUGCUGCAAAAAAUGUAAUUUUUUCUUUGUGUUUUUCCUUUCUUUGGUAACUGCUCAGUAUUCACGAAGAGGGCAGAGCCUUCAACUAAAAAACAGUGACGUGUAAAUGAGAAUCUAUAAAGACAGUUUUGGAUCAAACUAAAACUGAAGCUUUUAUUGAAUCAAACAACAGUGAUGACAAUCUAAGUUGGUCAUCAGACAUUGACAUGGGUAGUGAAACCGAUGCACACAGCACUGCAUGAUUAAACCGCCAUAAUAUGCCUGGCGAAUUCAGUUGUGUAAAAGUUCACCGUUGUACAAGUAGCUGUGUGGCAAAAUGAUUAUGAUGAAGUGGAAGGACAAAAAAUAUGUUCACCCCCUAAGCACUGUUCACAAUGUAGCAAUUGUCCGUGUUCAUGUCAGAGGGAAUGUGGAAGUCACUAAGCCUUGUGCUGUUGUAGCCUACAAUAAUAAAAUAGGUGGAGUCAAUCAUGUAGAUAAGGCACUGAUAUUCUGCUCUCUAAUGUGGAAGCAGCUGAAGCAAUAUUGUAAGAAAGUGCACAAAGAAACACGCUUCUACUGUCCUGAUUGCAAAAUCAGGCUGUGUGUUGGUGAAUGUUUCAAAACAUGUUACAUGAAGGAAGUGUACUAUAUCUGAAGCAGUACAGCGGGGAACAAAGUAGACUUACUUGUCUUUCCUACUCUUAUUUAUUUUGAUAUUUUGGUAUUUUAAAGUUUUUGUUGUACAUUUUUGGCUCAUUGGGGGAGAUUUGUGGGGGCUAAUGCUAAGUAGGUAUCAGUCACUCUGGUGACCUCCAUGUACCCCACACAAUGGUGAACUGCACACCACAGCACAUGAGGCUGAAAAACUGGAACUUGACCCCAUUACAUUUUUACUUAAACAUCUUUGAGCCACUCAGUUUCAUUUACUGGGGUAUUUAUUUGUUAUGACCCUUUAAAGCUGCAACACUAUCAAACAGGAUGUUUAGUGCUGUUCUGUUGACUUUUGUAUCACUCAGUAAGACACUUGUGUGUGAAUGGCUCAGAGAAGAUUGGAAAUGUGCAGUUUGAUCUGUCUCUCUUUUUAUUAGUCUGUUAACCGUCAUCUACAUGUGCCAAGUUAAGAAGUGACAACUGACCAUAAUCCGCAAAUCUUCCAUCCUAUACUGUACAUUGUCUUGUAUGGCAUUGCUCAAACAAAAUAUAGCACAAUCUCCACUGUUUUGCAUUUCUAUUGAUUUUUUUUUACAUUAUAAUGUUUGAAUGACACUUUACAAUUUCCUCAGUUAAACUAAAGUUCCCUAAAAUUAGCAAAAUUUCACAAAACCUGAUCAUGCUUCACCUACACAUCUAAUGGUACUCCUUUCACUUAACACUAAAUCAGAUAUACAUUAUAAGCGUGCUGUCAGUGUAUAUGUGAGCAUUGCAUCCUCAUUACUGGAUUCUGUUUUAUUUCAUGAUUAAACUGUGCCAUUGUAGAGAAAUUAAAGAGUGGUUUUGAAAAGUGUCCCAUUUUCUGCCCAUGUUAACGCAGACCACAAAUGCCUGCAUGACUUAUAGUUAGGAAUGUCUGAAAAUAAGCAUUUAAGAGACAGCACCUAAACCACACACACACACACACACACACAACCUUAUAAAGGCAAUAAAUAACUGGAAGAAGAGAAACCGGACAACCCCUCUGCUCAUCACACAAGGAAAGUGCCAGGUGACGGCUUGUUGACUGCCAAUAGUCUGAAAUCUCAUUUCUGUUAGGCCCUAUCGAUCUGCUCACGCCGUUCCAUAUUGUAAAGGAACCAUUCCAGUGAAAGACUGCCUUAUUUCUGUCCUGUAUUUUGAUUGUGAAUACUGUCCUGUUUGUUGGAAAUAAUAUAAUAUUUGUUUUAUGAUGGUCAUUAAACAAUUUUGUAAUAUU